UUAUUUUGGUUUACACUGACUGUGUUUUUGCUGGCCCAGUCCUCAUAUCCUGUAGGGUAUGUUAUUUAAAAAAAAAAGUUACUGAAAGCUCCUGAAGAACUCGCAUCAAAGGAGGCCGUUCUUGUGCGUCACUCUUAUCUAGUCAAAUCAGCGAGCUCCGUGUAUCAGAACGCGGAGGGUUCACAGGUCAUGGGUUUCCUUUCCUCCUUCCAACGAAAGAGGAAGAUGGCGGCCGCAGGCAGCGACGGAACAGGUUUAGCAGUCAGAUAAUACCGAAGAGUAGGGCGCCUUUAAGACGUCACUUUCAGGGAACACGCACACUAAUGGCGCUGCUGUAUGGCUUGUUAUGGAGGCUCUUGCUCUUUCUGGUCCACAUAAACAGGGCGCUGGUCUCCUGGCUCCGUGUCCGGCUUCGGAGCUGGAAGGGUCGGCUUUGGGAGCGGGUGAUGGCCGCUUUGCUCCUGCCGGUAGCCCUGGCCGGGGUCCCCGACCCCCAGAGGAAGGUAAACCAGGACCCUGAUGCUAACGCUAACCCGGUAACUGGAAACCGCAAUGCCGUGCGUCGGUCCCGCUGGCUGUCUGACGGCAGGUCUCUGGAGAAUCUGCCGGUCCACAUCGGCCUGUUGGUGGCGGAAGAAGAGCCCAGCUACACGGACAUAGCAAACCUGGCAGUGUGGUGCAUGGCUGUCGGGAUAUCUUAUGUCAGCGUCUAUGAUAACCACGGCAUUUUUCAGAAGAACAACUCUCGUCUGUUGGAGGAGAUAGUAAGGCAGCAGCAGGACUUGAUGGGUGUCGACGGAUCCAAAUGCGAUGUGGAGUUUCUUAGCCAGGGAAGUGACAAACACCAGCACCAUGGUAAGGACUCUCCUUUUUCACUCA